UGUGCAAACCGAGGCAACAGAGGACGCACAGAAGCUUUGCUCUGCUUUGCUGCAGACUGUUGUGAAGUUGUUUUUUGGAGAACAAGGAAGAAGAUGGCAGCGAUGUACCGAUCAACUUCUCUGGAAAACAAGGAAUUAAUGGCUCUGUAUGGAGACGAGAGAGACGAUUACUUUGUCAGAGAUGAGGACUGCACCAGUGAGGAGUACGAUCAGGACUCAGAGUGCAGCGAGGACAGACAAGGUGGCAGAUGCGUUCGCAGGUCUCUGUCCCUGGAGAUCUACGGUCUGCAGAGGGAGCAGCACGUUUACUUCUCCAACCAGGAGUACUACAGGAGGCUGGAGGAGCUGAAGGCUGCUCACCUGAGGAACAUGGCCGAGCUGGAGAGGAUGUACAUCAGCCAGGGCAAAGAGAGGCACGGAGAGGAGGAUGACGCCGGUCUGGGGAGAAGACAGAGUAGAGAGGAAAGGCUGUCAAUCAGCAGCAGCGGCCCUGCCAGGAAACUCCAGAGGAUCAAUUCCCAGGAGGAGCUGGACUUCCAUGACACAUCAAGCAGUUCCGACCAAUCAGAGCUCUGUGCAGACAGCAUGGGGGAACUGGAGCUGGACAAUCCAAGAAGGACUUCUGGCCAGGACCGAACCUUUGGGAGAGACUUCCUGCUGAGCCCUGAAGAAAUGACGACCCAGAAGCAGUUUCGAUUCCAGCCCAAGGUCUCCUGUCCAAAACCACGGGGAAGACUGCCCCGCCAAACUGGGGUCAGGUCAAACUUCAAGGUCACUGUGCCCAAACCGUUCCAAAUGAUGCUGAGAGAGGAGGAAAGGAAGAGACACAAGGUGCGGACUCGCUCAGAGAUCGAGCUGGAGAACAUGCUGCUGAGACGGGAGCUGGAGGAGCUCCAGGAAUGCCAGAAAAAGUUCAGGGCAUCACCGGCACCUGCGCACAUACAUCUGCCUCUCUAUGAAAUUAUCAGCCGUCGCACCGGUCAGCGAUCAAACCAAAGCAGAAGCAGCAGUAAUACCCGUGACACCAGACGUAACCAAACCUCUGCUGCUGCUUCUGCUUCACCACAGCCUUUUAAUUUCCUGGAGAGAGAGAGGAGGAAGAAGGAGGCGAAGAUUGUGGCAGAGCUGGGGAAGCUGGGGCCGAAAGAGGAGCGACAGGCCUUCAAGGCCAGACCCAUGCCCUGCGCGGUGUACGGCCCCAGACACAGACCAAACGCCAAGACCACAAGCCGCCAGUUUCUAACCAUGUGCACACUGGAGAGGGAGGCCACAGAGGGCCAGAGCGAUAUAAACUCAGACCUGGAGCCGGAUGCGCUCUACUCCAAGUCUGACACCUCUCCUGACUCCUGUCGGGCUCAGAGAUGUCUGUCGUCCAAGCCAGUGAAGAAGCAGAUAGAGCUGUCGAUUGAGAUGGUGAAGGAGAGGGAGUGGUCCUGCAAUGAUGCGCUUAAAGCCACUGAGUGCAAUGUCUACUCACCUCUGCAGUCAGCUGACCCCGAGGAUCUGCUCUCUGACAAGAGUGACUGCAUCAGUGUGUGAGAGACACACUCAUUAAUCAAAGACAGACAAAAUAAUGGAGGAAACCAGCUACUGUACAUCUUAGCUAAUGUUCUGUAGAUUAGUUUAAUUCUACAACUGAAAAGUAAAGAUUUAGGUUUUGUAUGUGCUGUAGCAAUGUAUGUUAUUUACUUAUUAAACUUGUUGGGUUAUUUUUAAGCUCUUAAAGGUAAAUGGAUGGCAUUAAUAUUGAACUUGUAUGCAAAGCACUUCACAGUUUCACUCCCAUUCACAAACUCACACACACUCGUGUAAAGAUAGCACUGAACAACCAUGUGUAAUCAUCAGGAGCAAUUUAUGGUUCAGUGUCUGGCCCAGGGAAACUGAUAUGUGGACACAAAGACUACCGCAGCCUCAUGUGACCUGUGGAGACUUGUGUCAAUGAAAUUACAUCCACUGUUUCUCACCAGAACAUAUUGUGUGUCUUUCAUUAAAGUGUUUAAUGCUUUUGCUUCAUCAUAUAACAUUUGUGAAAGUGUUUCUUGGGAGAAACCUGGAUUGUUUGUGUUUAUGCUUGGUUGCUACGCACGCUGCAUUGCAACACUCUUGGCACUUUACUUCCACCAGCUGUCCAGGGUGGGUGAACUAUAAAUGUCUGUGGGAGCUGUCUCAUCCAGUUUCUGACCUUUAAACUUAAGUUGCAAAUACAUGACACUAGAACUUCUGAAACAACGUGAUUCAUAUCCCUAUAAAUAUAUAGUUUUAUAAUUAAUACUAUUAUUGUUGUGCUACUUUAUUUGGUGUACUGCUGAGAGGUGAGGUUUAAGUCAAAGAGGUGGGAUUGCUUUCUGAACUGUCGUAUAAUGCUCAAUAAACAACGAGGUUGACUUUGGACUCAAAGGCCCCACAACAGCCCUGUAAGUGUUGUGUUGUGGGAUGGUGUGAAACCACUAAAAGAACUGUGUAUCCUACUGUGUGUGCACGUCUGUGUGCGUGCCAGACACAGUUUCAAAAUGGGAACCCACUCUUUAAACCUCUGCUUGACAGUGCUAAUAGUGGUUAA